UAUUAGCUUUCAUUCGUUGAUUUAUUGUUGAAACAACCUGUUUAUAUUUUGCAUUGACUGUUCAAUUUGUUUUCGUUUACGAGUUUCUUCAAAAAUAAGAUUACAUUUAUAUUUUAUACAUUUAUAUUGUACAAGUAAUCGCUGGUGAUUUUAUCGAUAUGCCACAUCGAAGAAUAAUCUACAGACAAGAGGAUAAGUCGAGCAUAACGUAUUUUCCCACAGGCAGCAAAUUCUGUGGCAGCCAGAAUGCGUUGGGCAUGCAGGACUAUGGCAUGUAUGUAUGGCCAGAUGGAUCGCGAUACGUGGGCGUCUUUUGCGACAACAAGUUCCAUGGCGAUGGCUACAUUGAGUUGUCGCCGCCGCACAACAUCUGCUACAAAGUGCUGCACGAACAUGGCAAGCUGAAAAAAGAUCUACAACAUGGCAUUCACCGAUUACUUGCAAGUGGAUUUCACGUGGCACGGCGAUGCGAUGAGUUUCGAUAAUUGGAACUAUUGCACGAACAAGAAUCGAUUGUUUUGUGGCGAAAAACGGGGGCAAAUGUCGGCGGUGGGUCCUUUCAAGUAUAAAAGCUGGCAAGGACACGAACCGCCGACAUUGGCUCCCAACAUAUUCGAUCUCGGCUUUGGCAAGUUCAAUCGUUUCGGUUGUGUGACAGAAAUACCAAAUCACUUAUCGCCGACGAGAGAGUUCUUUGUGGGCUGCGGCGAAACACGUGCGUGGAUACAAAACAAUUGCCGGCACGGUGAACUUGAUGAAAUUCAGCUGGAUCCCGAGGUGAUGGCAGACUUCACGCGACAAAUCAUUCACAACAAUAUAGAGAACGACAAACAAACAGUGGGCUACCCUUACAGAGAAUUGACCGCAUCGCCGAGUCAUAGUUAUUGUCUAUGUCAACGUUCCAGCAGCGAGAGUUCACUGGGCGAAGUGCGUUUGCAUUAUGACAGCAGCUCGGAAAAGUCCUUCAAAUUCGAGAGAAGAAAUAUUAAAACAAGGCGGCCAAACUGCAAUAAAUGCUUGUAUCGGAAAAUGAGACAAGAGCAGCGACCGACGGUGGACACAAGUAAAAUGGUCACAUCGAUCGCCGAGACAUUAAUUAAUAUUCUACGCGCUUAACCCAAAUUCCCAAGUGUCUGUUGGCCAAAUGUAUUUUCUUUUUUUUUUUUGGUUUUUGGGUCAAAGCCAUAUAUAAAAAGAAAUAUAUUGCAUAGCCCAAGGCGUUGGCCAGCCA